AUGGUCAUACCGGCAGAGUCUCCAGACAAGAAAUUUGUCCUUCUUGUAGGAGCGUCUCAUCUUCGUGCCAUCGUUGAUGGAAUUGUGAAGACGCCAGAGGGAAGAUUUUCCUUUAGUGCCAUGUCCACACCGGGGGCAUGUGCAACCCAGCUGCGCACUGAGGCAGCCAAUGCUGUGCUGCCUAGGACACCUGAUGCAGUCUAUGUGAUGGACACCAGCAACUACCUGACAUCCAGCAGGACCAUCACUGAAGCAGGAGUAUACUUUGCAAAGCUCCUUGCAACCGCCUGUGUGAAGUACUCAACCAUUGCCGAGUACUUCCCUCUGAAUGAACUCGACCUUUGGAGCACAGAUGGCGUGCACUUCAGUGAUAGUGCAGGAAGUCCAAUCCUGCUCAGUUCAAUCUGGAAUGCAGCCUUCAUGCAACUUGUUCCAGUUGAGCUGAAGCCAUCUGUUUUUCCGAGAAGAUCAUCACCUGCAAAGAGAGUGACUCCUAUGGUGAUAGUCAAAGCAGAGGUUGCCAAACCACCGCAACUGGAUCCUUCCAAGUGGACAGUUAUUGGCCAGGGCAGGAAGUGCAAUGUUGGCAAAGAUGGACAAAAUUAG